AUGUCCUUUGUACCCUACUUUACUACCAACCUGGAACCUCCCUCUCUGACAUGCAUUGCCUCAGUGAAUGAGGCACGCGCCAUGCGUAUCGCCGAAAUUCUUUCUGAUUUCAGACAUCUGCAACAUUACAUUGCAAACAUUAGAGCAAAUCCUUCAGCUGAAGACUACUACGAGGAAGGCUAUUGCGUGCUUCGGCAAUGUGCUGCAGAAGCCCAAGCCCUACUCUCUCAACCAUUCGAUUGCCAAGGACCGGAACCAGAUGGUGAUUGUGAGGAAGAGAAAGCGCAGCUCCAACGGAUUAUGCUUGAUGCAAGCAUCCGACGCUUCAAAAUUCAACAGAUAUAUCUCAAAGCAAGUGCAGCUCUACGCUGGGUCAACUCGAGAACUGCCAUCCUUGGAACAAGUCGGCCACAAUCUAUUCACACACCAGCGCUGCAACAGAUAAACAGCACUAUGCGAGCAGAACUUGCAUCGGUGACACCAGCUCGGGUUGAGCUGGCUCUACGAUCCCAGGACAGCGUUCAGGGGAAAUGGCUUGCAGAGGAUCCUACAUGGAGCACCAUGGAAGAAACCAUUCGGACCGGUCGAUGA